CUUCCCCCCAUCUACUACGCGUAAUCACUACAUGGCGCUGUCGUCAUCUAACUCACAUAGGAAGUAAUGAUCGGCUGUCUGGACAACGCAAAAAGAGGAAAGGGAGUCGAGAAAGGAAUCGACACAAUAAUGACAUCCGUGCUCCAACCACCGGCGGACUGAGAGCUGAAGAUCCCACAUCUGCGGUCACGCCACGCCUCGGUCCUCCAUGCCUGCUCCCCCAGGCUAUACUCGACUGGAGCAUAAUGAGUCUAUGAACCCACUGCGUAUCUCUGUAGGAGGCCUUCCCAUGCUGGCUUCCAUGGCCAAUGCCACAGAUCCCCGGUUCCGACUUAAGUGGAGGCCCAUCGUGGCAGUAGCUGCCUUCAUGGCCUUGAUCCUGCUGCUUUUCAUGCACUUCAGCUCGGGCUUGCGAUACCGCUCUUACGGCUCACGCAGCUGGAGAAUCAGUCCGAGCGACGGCCACCAGUCAGAUUUGCAUUACAAUGACACCUACCCCCUCAGUCUGCCUGAGCGCACGCCGGAGGGCACCCGCUAUCGCAUCGGUGUCAUUGCCGACCUGGACACUAGCUCUCACAGCGACAAGAAGAUGACGUGGUUCAGCUACAUGCGGCGGGGGUACCUCUUGGUGUCACAGAGUGGUGACAAGGUGGCAGUCGAAUGGGAUGCAGACAGGGUGGUGCUCGAAAGCCACCUGUCGGAGAAAGGCAGGGGUAUGGAGCUGUCUGAGUUGGUGGUGUUCAAUGGGAAGCUGUACAGCGUCGAUGACAGAACUGGUGUAGUCUACCACAUAGAUGGAGACAAGGCUGUGCCCUGGGUUAUCUUACCUGAUGGCGAUGGCAGCGUUGCAAAAGGAUUCAAAGCUGAGUGGCUGGCAGUGAAGGACGAGCACCUCUACGUUGGUGGCCUCGGGAAAGAGUGGACCACCACUCAAGGCGAGUUUGUCAACAACAACCCCGAGUGGGUGAAAGUCGUGGGCUUCAGAGGUGAUGUACAACACGAGAACUGGGUUCCCAAAUAUCAAUCCCUGAAGUCUGCUGUAGGGAUAGAGCCACCAGGUUAUUUGAUUCAUGAGUCUGCAGAAUGGAGCGACACUCUACAGCGAUGGUUUUUCCUUCCUCGCCGUGCGAGCAGCGAGCGUUACGAAGAGACAGCGGACGAGAGACGUGGCACCAACCUCGUCCUGAGCUGCUCGCCGGAUUUCAAAGAUAUCACAGUCAACCGAGUGGGUCUGCUUAACCCUACCCACGGUUUCUCAUCCUUCAAGUUUGUCCCCAAUACAGAUGACCAGAUCAUUCUGGCGCUCAAGUCUGAGGAGGACGCUGGAAAGAUUGCCACAUACAUUAUGGCCUUCACACUUGAUGGGCGGAUUCUUUUGCCUGAAACUAAGAUUGGGGAUGUAAAAUAUGAGGGCUUGGAGUUCAUAUAGAGGGCUCAGACGCAGAGAUGCUCAUGUUUAAGGCCACUUCACUGUGGUUCUAGUUUGUUUACAGUCACUGUUUAACUUAUUGGACUCGCUGCUGCCUCAUUGAGCCGCAUCGAUGUGUAAAACACAUCGCUCCAAGCGUUGAACCGUUACCUUCAAUACAAAUAAAAGAACUAAAGGCUGAGAGAAUAAGGUUUUGAGAAAAUGCAGAUCUGGCUGAACAAAGCCAGCAUGUCUUGCGAUGGACUGUGUUUUUCCGAGGCCAAAUGUGUGCUUAAACAGUACUUUAGCCUUUCUUAUAAUGAAUGUACAAAAGACACAUUUCUCAGACUGUGAUUUUUUUUUUUUUCUGAAAAGUUCAUUUUUAUGCACAUAUACAACACACACUCAGAUAUUUUUCCUCCUUUGGUUUAUAUUCAACAGUAUCACUCUGUACACACAAUUAUUGUCAGUGUGAUAAACAAAAAGACUGUUUUUAUUCGGUGUAUUGUUUGAAGGAUACAUUGAUAAAAAGUUAAUUUUACUCCA